CACACACACACACACAAACAGACACACACACACACACCUUCACCGUUCCAGUGUGUUUGGAGCGGCUACAGACAGGGAAGUCUCCACACACACAGUCCUGUCUGCGCUGCACUUGUUAUCACAACAGAGAUGAUUGAAACUUGACCUGGAUUUGUGACUGUGUGAGGAAUAACCUUCCCUGCAGGAGGCUUCCAGUCCCUAGCUGCCGGAUCCUUCUGUGCCAGCACAAGAGAGGGGAUUUAGAGUUUGCGCUGCACUGGAGAAGGGGGGUUCAACUCUUCAACUCCACGGAAGUAACAGCGGAAUACAAGAAACCAGCUCGUGUUUACUCAGACUCACCACGCCACCUCUUUCAUCCUCUCUCCUGGCCUCGCUUCUCAUUAUUUGCCUCCUGAUUCCUGUCCUCAGGGGAACUUUUAUCCCUUUAACAGCUCUCCAUCACCUCAUCUGGCCAUCGUCUCAUAAUAAUGAACUCCUCCGCCUCCAUCACGUCCCUCUUCUCCUUCACCAGCCCGGCGGUGAAGCGCCUGCUGGGCUGGAAACAAGGGGAUGAGGAGGAGAAGUGGGCGGAGAAGGCAGUGGACUCUCUGGUGAAGAAGCUAAAGAAAAAGAAAGGGGCCAUGGAGGAGCUGGAGAGGGCUCUGAGCUGCCCUGGGCAGCCCAGUAAGUGUGUGACGAUCCCUCGCUCCCUGGACGGGCGGCUGCAGGUGUCCCACAGGAAGGGUCUGCCCCACGUCAUCUACUGCCGGGUGUGGCGCUGGCCAGACCUGCAGUCCCACCACGAGCUGAAAGCCCUGGAGUGCUGCGAGUUCCCUUUUGGCUCCAAGCAGAAGGACAUCUGUGUCAACCCGUACCACUACAGGCGUGUGGAGACUCCAGUGCUUCCUCCGGUUCUGGUUCCACGCCACAGCGAGUUCAACCCUCAGCACAGUUUACUGGCCAAGUUCAGGAACGCCUCGCUGCACAACGAGCCGCUGAUGCCCCAGAACGCCACCUACCCCGACUCCUUCCCCGCGCUGCCCUGCUCCUCUUUCUCCUCCUCCCCCUCCUCCUCCCUCACCCAGUCUCCCACCUCACAGAGUUACCCCAACUCCCCCAACAGCUCAGCAGAGCCUGGCAGCCCGUACCACAUCACAGCUGAGACUCCUCCACCUCCCUACAGCAUCAUGGAGACGAGCCUCCAGGAGGACGUGAAGCCCAGCAACUCCACAGAAACCAUCAAACUCACAUUUUCUGCCCCGCACAGAGAUCUACGGCCCGUGUGCUACGAGGAACCGGAGUACUGGUGUUCCGUAGCGUACUACGAGCUCAACAACCGGGUGGGAGAGACGUUCCACGCCUCGUCACGCAGCGUCCUGGUGGACGGAUUCACCGACCCGUCCAACAACAAGAACCGGUUCUGCCUCGGACUGCUGUCCAACGUCAACCGCAACUCCACCAUAGAACACACACGCAGGCACAUAGGAAAAGGUCUCCACCUGUACUAUGUGGGCGGGGAGGUGUAUGCAGAGUGUCUGAGCGACAGCAGCAUCUUCGUCCAGAGUCGUAACUGUAACUUCCAGCACGGUUUCCACGCCACCACCGUCUGCAAGAUCCCCAGCGGCUGCAGCCUCAAGAUCUUCAACAACCAGCUGUUUGCGCAGCUGCUGGCUCAGUCCGUCAACCACGGCUUCGAGGUCGUCUACGAGCUCACCAAGAUGUGCACCAUCCGCAUGAGCUUCGUCAAGGGCUGGGGAGCUGAAUACCACCGUCAGGAUGUGACCAGCACCCCCUGCUGGAUCGAGGUACACCUGCACGGGCCCCUGCAGUGGCUGGACAAGGUGCUGACACAGAUGGGCUCCCCACACAACCCCAUCUCUUCAGUGUCCUAACAUGGACACAUGCAUGUUGGUGCUUUACAGGUAGUCGUAGGUUCUGUUUGUCUGGUUUCCUGUUUGAUCCUUCUCGUCAUCUCAAACAAUAUGCUAGCCACAUCAUGACUCAUAAGUGAAACAUGCAAGUGAGUGAAUUUCAUUUAGCUCAUAUCCCGACGUGAACUGCACUCCAAUACAAGAAAAAAUGGGAUAUAUUUAUAGGUACUCAAAGGCUUUUACAUGUUGUAAAUGUAUUCUAUGUACUAUAUUUCCAUGUUUGACUUCAUGUAUGUUUGCUUUUUACUUGUUCCAUUAAAGCUGUUUUCUUUAAGGAUCAAGAUGUUCGUGGACAAAGCACGGACAAAGUCUGGAAAAUUUCUCAAGAUCAACAUCAUCAUUUUAAUUUCAUAUUCACAGCAGAACAUAUACUUCAACUUAAAAACAUAGGAGCAACAUACAGCAGACAACAGAGCUAACGCGACCUAAAUUUAUCCCACCAAACUUAAAUCUUUGUUCCUUUUGUAUACAGUUAAAAUUUACUUUGUUUGUGCAACCGCUUCAGAUAAAUAGGAAUAUAAAAUCUUGU